UUGGCCUUUAAAUAUAACAACAACCUCUGGUUGGAAAAUAAAAUAAAAUAAAAAAAGAGCUAGGGAGCCAUGGCUAGCAGCGGGCGGCGGCGGCGCGUGUUCUCGCCGAACGAGGAGAAGAAGAAGGAGCCCCUGCGCAACGAGCGGGAAGCGGAGAGAUCGCAGCUCGUGUCCCAGAUCCAAGCCUCCUACACGCAAGCCCUGCUGCUGCUGCCGGCCUUCAACGCCGGCGGCCUCUGCUUCGGCCUCCUCGACCCCGUCUCCAACAUCGUCGUCAACGCCCUCUCGUCUCCUCCUCCGGCUGACUCUCAAUUGGCGGUAUCGGAGAAGCUCCGGCAGGAAGAAGCGGCGGGGCGGUCGGCGGAGGCGCUGCUCACCUUCCUCACCUACUUCUUCCCCUACCUCCCGGAGUGGGAGGCCGUGCGCUACCUGCUUGUGGCCCAUGCCGACCUCGUCGUCGCCGUCCGCCUCAUCAUUCGUGACCGCUGCCUUGUCGAUUACUGCUUCGCCGAUUCUUUCAAGAUGGCGCUCAAGUGCGCCGCCCUUGCCGCCGACCAUGACCGCCUCGUCGCCACCUGGUCCGAUCCCUCCACCAGCUCUCUCCGAGAAUUGCGGUCCAAGAUCACCUCCAUGGAAGACGAUGAUGGUGCUCGGCGGCUCGCUCGUCUGCGCACCAAGCUGUCGUCGUCAAUGCCGCCGGUGGCCGGAUCAACUAGUCGGAUCAUCAGCUGGGAGGAGCUGGCGGCGGAUCGCGAACAUGAUGGUGACAUGGAUCACAAGGAAGAGGUGGCGUCUAUGAUGUCUCUCCGGCGCGCGCUGCUGGACAAGAUCCACGGCUACUGCCUGCGGGCGCUGGCGCGGCUGCCGGUGGAGUACCACCGGAGCAUGCUCCACGCCGGCCACUGCUACGGGCCCAUGGAUCCCGUAUCCAACAUCGUCCUCAACACAGUCUCCUGCCACCACUUCCCAUUCCCGGCAGCGAAGCCGAUGGCGAUGGAGCAGGAGGACGAUUCGGCAGCUGCCAGUGCCAUGCCGAGGCUGCUCCUCCGCGUCGGGGCGCGAUCCCUCUAUGGCCUCGCCUCCUUCCUUGACACGCGCUACCCAGGCCUCGACUUCCAUGCCGCACUCCGCUGCCUCCUCUCCGCCGGUGCCCACCUCCAGGGAGCCUGCAAGCACGCGGAGAGGCAGCUUCUUGGCCCCCGCCCACAUCCACAUCUCAAUGGCGUCCUCCUAGAAGCAUAUGCCGCCGCGGCCAUUGCUGCGCGGCACCCGCAGCCUGACGCACAGGCAUGCCGCCUCACCUCCCUCUCCCUGCAAUUAUCAUCAUCAUCGGCAUCCAUGGAGAUGAUCUUUAAGCUGCUGCCAACAAACAACUCCGUCGCCGCCGCCGAUAGUCGGACACUGCCAAUGAGGAUGCACUCGAGAGGAUCACCGUCAUCAUCAUCAGAGAGCAGGAUCCACACCAAGGUCAAGGCCGCAUUGAGCAAAUACUACGCAAACAUGAGGAUCACGGCUGACCCUGACAUCCAUGCCAUCUGCGGCGUCAACGAUCGUGUCAUGGGCCCUGACACCAUCCUGUACCGGUGCAGCGGCCAUCCCUACUACAACACCCAUGUCAACUUCCUCGUCGGUACCCAUUGCAGCAACAAGCAGCAGCCAAUGCUCUUCUUCGCCGAGCUGAGCAAUGAAGACGACGACAAUGACAUGGUGGCCGCGGCGUGCCCCGUGACGCCCGGACAGCUGCUGCCGCGGUGCCUCUACUGCAACUACAAGGGGUCCAGGAUCGCGCACCCGCGCGUCCACGAGUUCCAUGGCCGCGACCUCGAGUUCCAGAGGAUGGUGUGCCACCAAGAUCUCUUGGUCCCGCAGCACCAGAGCUACACAUACACCAACUCUUCUAUCAUCCAGCGAAGUGACUACAUUGCAGAGCGGCUUCAGGACAUACGUAACGACUCCUGGUCUUACAUUCGUGCAAUUUAAAGAUGAUACUUUCUAAACAAACUUUAUCAUAUAUACGAGCUGCAAACUGGUGGUAUUUGCGGCCGCAUUUUCUUUA